UGAGAAUUGGAAGUUUGUCCCAAAACUCACGAGAUACCCGCAGCCCCCGCCCAAAACCCCAGAAUGAACGUCAAAAUCACCAGACCCAAAGCCCAUCACUCCCCAAAUCCCUCAAACAAGGCUCUGAUUUUUGCCCCGGAAAAGGCACUCCGAGUCUUUCAAAUUGGUGUCACCUUAUAAGAAGUUACCUCUCUCAAGGAGCCCCAAGAGAAGCCCUUCUUGUGUAUACUGGUUUGCGCAGGAAAGGUGUAUACCUUCUGGGUGUGGCGCCUUUGGUUCUCAAGGCUUGUGCUUCUCUUUCCAUAGUGAAGCAUGGAAAAGCUUUGCAUGCUGAGUCAAUCAAGAAUGGGGUAGACUUUGAUGUAAUGAUUGGAACUUCGUUGGUUUGUAUGUAUGCAAAAUGUGGGAAUGUUGUUGAUUCUCGUAAAGUAUUUGAUUAUAUGCCUGAGAGGAAUGCGGUGACAUGGAAUGCGAUGAUAUGUGGAUACUUGGGGAAUGGAGAUAGCAAGUCCGCGGUUUUAUUAUUUGAAAAGAUGUCUAUACGAACUGCAGUGACAUGGAUUGAAAUGAUUGAUGGGUUUGCAAGGAGCGGGGAUACUGAGACUGCUAGGCGUUUCUUUGAUGAUGUUCCAUCUGAGUUGAGGAAUGUAGUAACUUGGACUGUGAUGGUUGAUGGGUAUGCUAGAAAUGCGGAGAUGGAGGCUGCAAGGGAAGUUUUUGAGGGGAUGCCUCAGAGGAAUUUCUUUGCUUGGUCAUCUAUGAUUUCUGGGUACUGCAAGAAGGGUAAUGUUAAGGAGGCAAGGUCUAUUUUUGAUCGAAUUCCAGUAAGGAAUCUGGUGAAUUGGAAUUCCCUAAUUUCUGGGUAUGCACAAAAUGGGUUUUCUGAGGAAGCUUUGGAAGCAUUUGGAAAAAUGCAAGCUGAAGGAUUUGAGCCAGAUGAGGUCACGAUAGCCAGUGUUUUAUCUGCUUGUUCUCAGUUGGGCCUGUUGGAUGCUGGUAAGAAAAUCCAUCACAUGAUGAAUCAUAAGGGCAUAAAGCUAAAUCAGUUUGUUCUGAAUGGACUGGUUGACAUGUAUGCAAAAUGUGGAGAUUUAGCUAAUGCAAGACUGAUCUUUGAAGGGAUGGCUCAUAGGAACAGGGCCUGUUGGAAUUCCAUGAUCUCAGGUUUUGCCAUUCAUGGACAAAGUAAGGAGGCUCUUGAGUUUUUCGGCAGAAUGGAGGACUCCCAUGAGGGGCCAGAUGAGAUAACUUUCCUCUCAGUGCUCUCAGCAUGUGCACACGGGGGGUUUGUGAAUGCAGGUUUAGAAAUUUUCUCUAGGAUGGAAAAAUAUGGCUUGACAACGGGCAUCAAACAUUAUGGUUGUUUGAUUGACCUUUUGGGGCGCGCAGGGAGAAUAAAAGAGGCUUAUGAUUUGAUCAAAAGAAUGCCAGUGAAACCAAAUGAUGUAGUUUGGGGUGCCCUUCUUGGAGCUUGCCGGGUUCAUUUGGACAUGGAGAUGGCAGACCGGGUGGUGGAAGAGAUUGUUAAAGUGGAUUCUAACAUUAGCUCUGGAUGUGAUUCACAUUAUGUGCUGCUGUCAAAUAUUUAUGCUGCUUCUGAUAGAUGGGAGAAGGCUGAAAAGAUGAGGAUGGAAAUGGCGAAUAAAGGGUUUCAAAAGACAUCAGGGUGCAGUUCAAUUAUGCCAGGCAACAACACCCAUGAGUAAAUCAUGCCAGUGGUUCAUAACCCAUCAGCUAUGAAGUGAAGUCUAAAGCAUCUUGCUAAAUCCACAUGAGAGAGCAAAGAAGUUCUAUACCACUUGCAGUUACACUGAACAAGUAAAGGCGAUUUCCCGCUGCAGUUGCUGUGAUAAGAACAUGAGGUGGCUCCAAUUCGAACUGGUAAUAUGUUCUUCCUGAGUGCUCCACUACUCCCAUGCUCAAGACUUUUCCUUCUACAUUCUCCCCAAUCACUUCUGGUCCAAAAGCAGCGAUCACUUUCUCUGGAGGUCCUAUUUUUUCAACUUUAGCAUCAUCCCCAAGAUCUGUACAUCAUAGCAACACUAUGAUAAGAAAUGAAUAUCUGAGGCUAGUGAACCAAGUUCACCAUGGAAAACUACUUGAGAACUGCAUUUCAUUUCAAGAUUCCUGUCCACUUGUCAAGGUCUUAAAUACAAGAUCUGUCAGAAACUUACUGUCUGCAAAUCUGAGAACUGGGGCAACAAUGACAAAUAAACGCCCUUCCUUAGAAUUGGCAAACCUCAAAUCAAUCUCUGUCCCACCUAGAUCUGCAAUUGAUACAGGAACCUGUGACAUGGAUCAAGAAGCUUAUUUGGUGAAAUUGUGGUAGAGGUAGAUGUCCAGGAAGGGGGAAAAUGAAUCAAUAUAGGGGUCGAGUCUAUAGUCCAGUGGAGGUAGAUUAUUACCUCUUCCCAACCAGAAGGGACUGAAAAGAUGUAAGGAAUAAUCGGACUCCAUCCAACACCAUGGCCUCCAGAUUUUUCAUCCGGUCUCCGGUAUGUCCUCCAACCUGUCUGAGCACAUCUUUACUAAUCAAGGUGACAGUUCACUUUACAACAGAGAGAGCUCUAAGUGACCCAGUUGCUUUAGCUUGUUAAUUUAAGUUUCAAGAAAGGGAUUCUGCACAUAGUUUUGGCUGAAUGUGGCAAAACUGCAGAAAAUAUUUGCAAAUGUACAUGGGGAAAAAUGUGAAAUUUGGUUAUUGUGUCUAUUUAAGCCUAUCUUCCAACCUCGCAAGAUGGCAUAUAAUGUGAUUUUUCACAUGUAAGAACAAUAGUUGGAGAGGGGAGAAGAAAUCAGAGAUGAUUUUGUUUUUGUUUUUAAUUUGGUUCUCAUCUUGAAUUCUGACCAGUAUAAAAGUGCUUAGACUGAGUAUGGGAAGCAGACUAAGAGC